AUGCCGGACGUUAAACUAUUCUUCUUGAUUGCGGCACUCGACGAGUAUGAAGGCAGACCCUGUCAGCUUUUGUUGCCGCAUUCGACCACAAUCCAAAAGAUGGACCUACAGGAUCUGACUGAACCAGAAAUCACCGGUAAUAUCGACGACAUCAUCACUAUUCAUGGGCACAUGACCACAUUGUCCAAUAGGGACUCGGAAGGCGUCGGGAGCAGAAAUCAGCGAUCUGACCAGCAAAGCCUCUGGGGAUUUCCGGUGAAUAAGUUACCAUCUGAUCGUAAAGAUCUCUUUGCCGAGCUGUUUGAGAGGAUAGCAGAUCGAUGA